CAUUCAUGCACCCUGCGCUCCUUUUCAGCCCCUUUCUAAAUAACUCACUGUCAUCAGCAUCGGGGGAAACGGCUUUGCCAGGACGGGACUAAUUAUUGAAAAUUGGCGGAAGAGUGAUCAGGUCGAAAGGAGAUCAAACGUUAAAGCGGCAGGGCCCUCUGGACACCGAUCACCCCUGGGCCUGUCUGUAGACAUGUUUCAGACUGUCCCUGACACGUCGUCUUACGUCAAGGAGGCGCUAUCAGUGGUGAGUGAAGACCAGUCCUUAUUUGAGCCUCCGUACGCUGCUGCUGCCCCUCUCCCCAAGACAGACAUGACUGCAUCUGGCACACAGGACUACGGCCAGACCCACAAAAUCAAUCCUUUACCCCCACAGCAGGAGUGGAUCAACCAACCGGUGCGGGUCAACGUCAAGAGAGAAUAUGAGCACAUGAAUGGAUCCAGCAGGGAGUCUCCCGUAGACUGCAGUGUGGGUAAAUGUAAUAAGCUGGUGGGCAGUAAUGACACUUCAUCUCAGAUGAACUAUGGAAACUACAUGGAUGAGAAGAACGCCCCUCCCCCCAACAUGACAACCAAUGAGCGGAGAGUCAUAGUCCCUGCAGACCCAUCGUUAUGGUCCCAGGACCAUGUGCGCCAGUGGCUGGAGUGGGCGAUCAAGGAGUACGGCCUCAUAGAGAUAGACACAGCCAUGUUUCAGAACACAGAUGGCAAAGAGCUCUGCAAGAUGGGCAAGGACGACUUCCUCCGGCUCACCACCAUGUACAACGCUGAAGUGCUUCUCUCUCAUCUCAAUUACCUCAGGGAAAGUAGCUCAUCAUUAUCCUACAACACACCAUCUCAUACAGACCCAUCCCCACGCCUGGCUGCCAAAGAUGACUCUUCAUAUGAUGCUGUACGGCGGACAGGAUGGUCAAACAACAUGCACAGUGGCAAAGGCUCACCAGUUGUUACCCAGAAUGUGACUAAGACUGCAGAGCAGCCCAGAGCUCAGCCAGAUCCUUACCAGAUUCUGGGUCCAACCAGCAGUCGCCUAGCCAACCCAGGCUCAGGUCAGAUCCAACUGUGGCAGUUCCUCCUGGAGCUCCUGUCGGACAGCGCCAACGCCGGCUGCAUCACCUGGGAGGGCACCAACGGAGAGUUCAAGAUGACGGACCCAGACGAGGUGGCGCGGCGCUGGGGCGAGCGUAAGAGCAAGCCCAACAUGAACUAUGACAAGCUGAGCCGUGCGCUGCGCUACUACUACGACAAAAAUAUCAUGACCAAGGUGCACGGCAAGCGCUACGCCUACAAGUUUGAUUUCCACGGGAUCGCUCAGGCACUGCAGCCGCACCCCACUGAGUCCUCCAUGUACAAGUACCCCUCGGACCUGGCCUAUGUGCCUUCCUACCAUGCCCACCAGCAGAAGGUCAACUUUGUAUCCCCUCACCCUCCAUCCAUGCCCGUCACUUCCUCCAACUUCUUUGGACCCACUGCUCCGUACUGGAGCUCGCCCACUGCAGGCAUUUACCCCAACCCAAAUGUGCCCCGCCACCCUAACACCCAUGUGCCUUCACACCUGGGUAGUUAUUACUAAACACCUCCAUCUAACCAUUGAAAGAAAUCCCUUCCCUCCAAUGAAGUCCACGAUUGCUGACCUGCACUCCAAAUAAUGCUGAACCAAUGAAGACUUUGUUGAAGAGGAUUUGUCCUCUGAAGGAAUUCUGCUCCUGAUGAAAGAAUGAUGAAAAUGAAGGAGAUUUUUUUAUCGUAAGAAUCUGUAAACAACUGGAUGCUAUGGUCCAAAAUGGAAUACUACUUACCUUUUACAAGACUAGUGACUUUUUUAAUGUUUUGUAUUUUUUUCAGAUAUGCAUCUGAGUUUCCUGUGCCUUCUCUUUCAUGUUCUCCUGAAAAAAAGCACCGAUAGGUGCUCCCACCCAAAACCUUUAAAACCCAAAGCCUAAAGCCUGGGUGAACAGCUCCAUUCUGUCUGCCUCUUUGCGAUCCUACAGUACCAGACAUGGGCCUAAUUUAUGGGUCUCAAUCUACAUCCUCAGUACAUUAUGUACAUUAUGCUAUAAAGCAUCUGUCUUUUCCGCUUGUCUACUGCCUUACUGGGUUUUCUUAUUCCCACACGUCCAACCUCCUGUUUCCACUGUCUCUGUUUGCUUGUCUGUCCAUCUGCAUCUUUUAUGUGUGUGGAGAGUCUUCUGAAAUUCGCUGGACAAGGGGAAGCUCUCAAAUAGAUGGACUUUUCUCAGCACUGAAUGAAAUUUGGCAACUGGAAUAUGCCAUUCACAUUUUAAUUUAUCCUCCAAACUGGAAGGCUAGAGAAGAGUUAACUGCCAGUGAAGUAAGCGCUGUAUGUUUUGCUGACCUGGGUCAACCUAGUGACUGAUAAUGCUCCCUGUGUGUGGUGAGGUGGCUGAUGUACACAGUGGGCUCCAGUGUGCCGGGGAAGCUGAGGCGGGAUAUAAUUGAAGUCAUUUGCAACAAUAAUUCAACCCAGGUCGGAUGUAUUCAGGGGGGCACACAGCAGCCUAUUAAAUGUUUGCCAUGAUGCCUUUCAGCCAUGCCAUUUCCAGAUGUGUUGUUGCUCGACCAUGUCAGUAUUAAUGUGAAUGUCUUCUGGUUUGUGAAUUGCGUGUAAAAGGGAUACCCUGCAGCAAAAUCAAAACUUGUCAGAUGUUUUUGAACCCUCCCUCAUUUUGCUUGCUGCUCACAUCCAAACCUUCCAAAAACAAACAUCCAGAAGUGAUAAUGUGGAUGUUAUCUGCAUGCAAACUUUUUUUGUGUGUUUUUUUAUUUCCAUCCAGAGUGCCUUACAGUGCCAUGUGUGCACGCUUUUAAAAUGUGUGUUAUAAAAACAAACAUAUCUCUCACAGUGCCUGAACUGCUGUUUGUAUCAUAUUUCAGUUCUUAAGACAAUAAGUGCAUUACGUGGAAAAUAAUACUCAUGAUUAGAUAUCUGCACCAGAAAUCUGACAACUUUUGAUUUUGGAUUGCACUCUGACUUUAAAGGCUGCCACACCGUCUCCUCUCUCCUUAGGCCAGUCAGGACCGCAGAGGUCAGUACAGAGAAGAGGCUUUGUAGUAAAUCCUGUUAAUGGACCAUUAAGUUGCAUUUUACCAGGGCUGGAUCCUAGUUAAUGAGCAGCAUGGGUGUUUGAAUGUUAGUUUCUCACUGAUCCACAGGUGCAUUUAAAAACAAAUGAAUAUUGUGGAAAACUUUAUUUGUUACCUGUUCUUUUUUGUUUUUAUCUUGAUGACUAGAGCUCAUAAAAAUCAGUAAUCCAACAUUUCAGAAGGAAGGAAUACAUAGGACCAAAAAAGGACUUAUUGGUAAGAUAUGCUGACCACAUUUUUGUAUGAAUGCAAUGUGCCGGCAAUCAGCCUGUGGCACUGCUGAGGUGUUUUGAAGCCCAGGUAGUCUUAUCAGCCUUCAGCUCGUCUGUAUUCUGUAUAGUCUGUAUCUGGUGUCUCUAUUCUUUAGGGAUGAAGAUUGAAACAGUGAGGUUCUGGUUUUUUUAGAUCUCUCUGGGCUUUUUAUUUAGAGAGAAGGACAGUGGGUAGAGCUGGAAAUAGGGAUGAGAGAGUUGGAGUGAGACUUGCGAGAAGGAGCCACAGGCCUACACGAACCCUGGCUGCCUGCAGGGCGUGACUUUUUAAUUCAAAAACCCUGCAAAUCAAUAACAUUUUAGCAAACGGAUACUGCUGUGGGGUCUACCAGGCUCUGUGAUCAUUAUCAGUGCUGUCAGUUAAUUAAAAAAAUCAUCUAAUUAAUUAUGGGCUUUAUAGUUAAACACAGUUAAUGGCAUUUGUCAACAUUUGAGAAAGACUUGUAGAUUUAAAGAUAAUAUUAACAGUCAGAAAAGACCUGACUCUGAAGGGCACCAAACUUUCUACCAGCUUUUAAAACCAGAUAAGUUGAGACCAAGGACAGACUAUCCACUUACUAGUUAAUCUAAGAUUAUAAUAAUCUCUAGAAUAUGGAUUUUAUCCAAAACAUUAUAAAAAUUAAGAGCACAGAGAGUUUUUACGUGUUCCAAUUGAAGCUGCUUGGGACCGUUGUGUGAUGACAUCAGAAUGAGACUAAUCAGCAUAUAUUUUCACCUCCGUGAUUUAUUAAUCUAAAUUAAAUGAACAUUUUGACAGCACAAGUGAAUUUUUAUGACUUUCCUGAUUAUCACUUGAGUAAAAACAUUAAUCUGUUUUUGCAAGCUAAAAAUAUAUAUUCUCAGAGCAGUGCUGAAAGUUUUUUUGUACUAAGUCCCUUUAUUCAAAGAUGAUAAUCCACUGUUGAAAUCGGUGGUGUGAUCUGCAGAAUGAAAAUUCAUUUGUAGAUCUAACAACCUCAAAGACAGUUUUGUAUGAUGCAUUCAGGUCUGCUUGGAAAUUACAGUGAGGCCAUUAAAAUGCCAUGAUGCUUUCAAAUAUCAAUUCAAGAAGAACAGAAAAGACAUGAAAAAUGCCAUUUUAAUUCAUUAAAUACAGUUGUGAGUAUAAGAAAUGUAUAUACAGUGCUUAACAAACCUAAACAGAUUGAAUCAUAACUUUUUAAUGCUCUUCUCAGCUUAUACCACUCCUGUUGUAAAUGUAAUUUUCAUCUUUUCACCUGUAGGCAGGCGCCAAGUCCUACUGGAAAAGAAAAUCAGAAUUUCCCUAAAGCUUUUCAGCACAUGGAAUUAUGAGAUACUCUUAAAUCUCUUGGUAGACUGCUGCAUAGUGAUCCACUUUAAGAGAAAGUCAAUAUUUCUGUGUCCUAACCUUUAUUUUGAUUGGUUUUAUGUAAUAUUAUAGUAUUUUUUGGAUACUGGACAUUGCAUAUUCAUUGUCUAUAAGUUGUAAUCAUCAUCAGGGUUAAAAAAGAAAAAGGAUUGAAUUUAUUUCACCUUAUGUGUGAUAUAUCUAGAAUAAAGGAAAGUUCCCCUUUUUGAAUUAAAUUACAGAAAAUAAAUUUCCAUGAUAUCCAUUUUUAGAUGCACCUGUGAAGCCCGGCCAAAUGCAUAUAAAUCUCAUUUUAAAACAUAUCCAUCUUCAGGUGUUUUCGUGGCUGCAAAUGUAUUCCUUUAAAAAAAAUGAAUGACUUAGGAUAAGUAGUUUAUCAGAGAACAAAACCAGCAAAAUAUGACAAGACAAAACAAAGAAAUCCUCAGAUUCGCAAACGCUGUGCGUUUGUCAGACCUAUUUUUUAUUAUUUUAUAAGCAUCAGACAACUAGGCAUUAAAGCAACUUACUGUAUAAAUUAUGCAGAGUUAUUUUCAUAUGUGACACAGUAUAAAAAGUCAAGAGAAUUAAUACGAGUUGACCUCGGUCAAAAAAUGCAAACCUUGAAAGUCCACUUCUGCUAAGUAGUUUGUUCAGCAUUGAAGCGUUUUUAUAUCUGUACAUUUGGGCAAUACAUGUUACCAUUUAUUUCUUGUAAUUUUUAUAAGUCCUGAAUUAUGGUUCUAAGUGACUUUAUGCACAGAAGGUAUUUUCUUGUAUUUCCAAAAGCUAAAUAGCCUGCUUGAAUAAUUAUCCAAUAGCCAGGGAUUCCUUUACUCUGUAUGCAACGUAAGUUUAUAAUGGAUCUUCUCCAUUGUGGAUUCCUUUUCACACCAAACAGCCCUGGGAUUGGUUGCUUUACCUGAUGAGUCAAGAAUGUCAGGUAAUUUAUGCAGAAUUAUACAAUCAUUAUUGCUAAUCAGAACCAAUCUCUCCUGGAAAUGUAUAGCUUUAAAGAACAAAAUCAAGGAGAUGUAUUUGUAGCAUAAGGAAAUUAUUGCGAUGAACCCUUCAUUUUCAUGUUUCAUGAGCAUUAUCAAUGGAAAGGGAUCUGUGCUACUUCAUAUAUGCAAUGUAUUUUGGAUAUCAAAUAUAUAUAUAUAAAUAUAUGUGUAUAAUUUUACAAUUAACCAGUGUAUUAUUUUUAUUGUCAUUCCUGCAAUGUAUGAAGUAUUACCUUUUGAAAAAGGGCUUUUGUAUAGGAAAUGUGACAAAAUAAAUGUUUUUACCUCUCAA